AAAAAAAUAGCCCUCGUGUAGGUCUCUCUCUCUCUCUCUCUCGCCCUACCUCCCAGUUGCUGCUUUCUCUUCGUACUAUCUCGUUGAGUUCGGAUCGAUCCGAUGGAGGCGGAGCAUCAGCGGCAGCGGAGGAAGGGGCAGAAGCGGAAGCUGGAGGAGGAUGGCAGCAACGGCGCCGUCGCCGCCGACGCCUCUCCGUCCUCGAUGGAGGUGGAGACGGAGGAGAUCGGAGUCGAGGAGAUCUGCUGCCAUCGCUCGCAUCAAUCGCUCGCCCGCGAGGUCCGGGCCCAGGUCGAGGUCCUGGAGCGAGCUUUCUCAUGGCGCCUCGUAGAUCGAACCGCUGCCAAGCGCGCUACCCACGUCCUCGCCGAGCUCGCUAAAAACGAGGAUGUUGUGAACGCGAUCGUUGAAGGAGGGGCCGUGCCGGCGCUGGUGAAGCAUCUGCAAGAGCCUCCGCCUCUGCUGGUAAGGGAUGUCGGUUCGGGCGGAGGAGAUCGCCCUUUUGAGCACGAGGUCGAGAAGGGGAGCGCGUUUGCUCUCGGUCUGCUUGCCGUCAAGCCUGAACAUCAGCAACUCAUAGUUGAUGCUGGUGCCUUGCCUCUGCUUGUAAAUCUCUUAAAAAGGCAUAAGAAAGGUUCCAACUGCCGAGCAGUUAAUGGUGUUGUUAGGCGAGCAGCUGAUGCAAUUACUAAUCUUGCUCAUGAAAAUAGCAAUAUCAAAACAUACGUCAGGUAUGAAGGUGGGAUUCCACCCCUUGUGCAACUGUUGGAAUCUACAGAUCUGAAGGUACAGAGAGCUGUUGCAGGUGCUUUGCGGACUUUGGCGUUUAAGAAUGACAGUAACAAAAAUCAGAUUGUGGAAUGUAAGGCUCUUCCCACAUUGAUUCUCAUGCUUUGCUCAGAAGAUCCUGCCAUCCAUUAUGAAGCGGUCGGCGUUAUUGGAAAUCUUGUUCAUUCAUCCCCUAACAUAAAGAAAGAAGUUCUCACUGAAGGAGCAUUGCAACCAGUGAUUGGCUUAUUAAGUUCAUGUUGCACUGAGAGCCAAAGGGAAGCAGCCUUGCUGUUGGGGCAGUUUGCUUCAGCUGAUUCAGAAUGCAAGGUGCACAUUGUGCAAAGGGGUGCACUACGACCUCUAAUUGAGAUGCUUCAGUCAUUAGAUUUUCAACUAAAGGAGAUGUCUGCAUUUGCUCUUGGAAGAUUGGCACAGGACUCACACAACCAAGCUGGUAUUGUUUUCAAUGGUGGUUUGGUGCCUUUGCUAAAACUUCUUGACUCAAAAAAUGGAUCUCUGCAGCAUAAUGCUGCAUUUGCUCUUUAUGGAAUUGCAGAGAAUGAGGAUAAUGUUGUCGAUUUUGUCAAAGUAGGAGGUGUUCAGAGACUACAAGACGGUGAAUUCAUUGUCCAGGCAACUAAAGAUUGCAUUGCAAAAACAUUGAAAAGAUUGGAGGAGAAAAUCAAUGGACGAGUAUUGAGGCAUUUGUUAUAUUUGAUGAGAGUUGGAGAGAAGUCUUUUCAAAGACGUGUAGCACUGGCUCUUGCUCACCUAUGCCCACCUGAAGAACAAAGAAGAAUUUUCAUUGAUAACAAUGGGAUGGAUAUUCUUCUUGAAUUAGUAGGGUCUACUAAUUUAAAGCAGCAGCAGGAUGGUUCAUUUGCUCUUUACAAAAUGGCCAACAAAGCUAAGAUGCUUUCUUCUGUGGAUGCUGCUCCUCCUUCCCCUACCCCUCAGGUUUAUCUUGGUGAGCAAUAUGUGAACAAUUCCACACUGUCAGAUGUUACUUUUCUUGUUGAAGGCAAAUGCUUCUUUGCACAUCGGAUUGCUUUGCUCGCUUCAUCCGAUGCAUUUCGAGCAAUGUUUGAUGGCGGAUAUAGGGAGAAGGAUGCAAGAGACAUUGAGAUUCCCAACAUAAGAUGGGAGAUUUUUGAAUUAAUGAUGAGGUUUCGGAUCGAUCCGAUGGAGGCGGAGCAUCAGCGGCAGCGGAGGAAGGGGCAGAAGCGGAAGCUGGAGGAGGAUGGCAGCAACGGCGCCGUCGCCGCCGACGCCUCUCCGUCCUCGAUGGAGGUGGAGACGGAGGAGAUCGGAGUCGAGGAGAUCUGCUGCCAUCGCUCGCAUCAAUCGCUCGCCCGCGAGGUCCGGGCCCAGGUCGAGGUCCUGGAGCGAGCUUUCUCAUGGCGCCUCGUAGAUCGAACCGCUGCCAAGCGCGCUACCCACGUCCUCGCCGAGCUCGCUAAAAACGAGGAUGUUGUGAACGCGAUCGUUGAAGGAGGGGCCGUGCCGGCGCUGGUGAAGCAUCUGCAAGAGCCUCCGCCUCUGCUGGUAAGGGAUGUCGGUUCGGGCGGAGGAGAUCGCCCUUUUGAGCACGAGGUCGAGAAGGGGAGCGCGUUUGCUCUCGGUCUGCUUGCCGUCAAGCCUGAACAUCAGCAACUCAUAGUUGAUGCUGGUGCCUUGCCUCUGCUUGUAAAUCUCUUAAAAAGGCAUAAGAAAGGUUCCAACUGCCGAGCAGUUAAUGGUGUUGUUAGGCGAGCAGCUGAUGCAAUUACUAAUCUUGCUCAUGAAAAUAGCAAUAUCAAAACAUACGUCAGGUAUGAAGGUGGGAUUCCACCCCUUGUGCAACUGUUGGAAUCUACAGAUCUGAAGGUACAGAGAGCUGUUGCAGGUGCUUUGCGGACUUUGGCGUUUAAGAAUGACAGUAACAAAAAUCAGAUUGUGGAAUGUAAGGCUCUUCCCACAUUGAUUCUCAUGCUUUGCUCAGAAGAUCCUGCCAUCCAUUAUGAAGCGGUCGGCGUUAUUGGAAAUCUUGUUCAUUCAUCCCCUAACAUAAAGAAAGAAGUUCUCACUGAAGGAGCAUUGCAACCAGUGAUUGGCUUAUUAAGUUCAUGUUGCACUGAGAGCCAAAGGGAAGCAGCCUUGCUGUUGGGGCAGUUUGCUUCAGCUGAUUCAGAAUGCAAGGUGCACAUUGUGCAAAGGGGUGCACUACGACCUCUAAUUGAGAUGCUUCAGUCAUUAGAUUUUCAACUAAAGGAGAUGUCUGCAUUUGCUCUUGGAAGAUUGGCACAGGACUCACACAACCAAGCUGGUAUUGUUUUCAAUGGUGGUUUGGUGCCUUUGCUAAAACUUCUUGACUCAAAAAAUGGAUCUCUGCAGCAUAAUGCUGCAUUUGCUCUUUAUGGAAUUGCAGAGAAUGAGGAUAAUGUUGUCGAUUUUGUCAAAGUAGGAGGUGUUCAGAGACUACAAGACGGUGAAUUCAUUGUCCAGGCAACUAAAGAUUGCAUUGCAAAAACAUUGAAAAGAUUGGAGGAGAAAAUCAAUGGACGAGUAUUGAGGCAUUUGUUAUAUUUGAUGAGAGUUGGAGAGAAGUCUUUUCAAAGACGUGUAGCACUGGCUCUUGCUCACCUAUGCCCACCUGAAGAACAAAGAAGAAUUUUCAUUGAUAACAAUGGGAUGGAUAUUCUUCUUGAAUUAGUAGGGUCUACUAAUUUAAAGCAGCAGCAGGAUGGUUCAUUUGCUCUUUACAAAAUGGCCAACAAAGCUAAGAUGCUUUCUUCUGUGGAUGCUGCUCCUCCUUCCCCUACCCCUCAGGUUUAUCUUGGUGAGCAAUAUGUGAACAAUUCCACACUGUCAGAUGUUACUUUUCUUGUUGAAGGCAAAUGCUUCUUUGCACAUCGGAUUGCUUUGCUCGCUUCAUCCGAUGCAUUUCGAGCAAUGUUUGAUGGCGGAUAUAGGGAGAAGGAUGCAAGAGACAUUGAGAUUCCCAACAUAAGAUGGGAGAUUUUUGAAUUAAUGAUGAGGUUCAUAUACACAGGAUCAGUCGAGGUUACCAACAUGGUGGCACAAGACCUCCUAAGAGCUGCCGAUCAGUAUCUUCUGGAGGGCCUCAAACGCCUGUGUGAAUAUAGCAUUGCACAGGAUAUUAGCAUCGACAACAUCUCCAGCAUGUAUGAAUUAUCUGAGGCAUUCAACGCAAUGUCCUUGAGGCAAAAUUGUAUCUUGUUUAUUUUGGAGCAAUUCGAUAAACUAAGCAUCGUACCUGGGUAUUGUCAUCUCAUCCAACGAAUCAUCCCUGACAUCCGCAGCUACUUUGAUAAAGCUUUGAAGCCUAAUCCGAGCAUCACUCAAUCCUAACUAUUCUUUCUUGACGCUGUGUAGGGUAACUUGUGCUGAUAGGGACUGUACAGUUUGAGCCUAUUUGCACCAUUGUUUUUUGUUCUUAGGGAGGGUGAGUUUGAGGGAAGAACAUGCUGUCUGCAUCGUCUUUUUUUGUUUGGUAGAAAUGAUUAGGAACGGGAUCCCAGCUAAUUACGCCUCCUGCAAUUUACAAUCAUCUAAUCUAAAAAUGGGCUAACUUGUAUUUGUAGAA